GGCUCAAAUGCGGCCAUUGUGAUUGGUGGAGGAAUGAAACAGUUUCUGCUACUGGGUGCUCAAACCAAGCAAACAUGUUAUUUAAAGAUUACUUACUGGCACUCGACACCGACAGUUGACUCAAGUUCUCUUCGGUUCUUCGAGAGGAUUCCCCAUGUACCGCUGAAAUGUCAUUAAAGUUGAAUCCAAUUAAGUCUUUCAAAUUGGAGCUGGAUGGUGAGGGAGAUGCUGCCUUCACCGGAGGAGAGGUGGUGUCCGGCCAAGUGGUAUUGGAGCUCCGUCGGGACACCAAGGUGCAUGCCAUGAAGGUGCAGGGACGAGGUGUAGCUACAGCACACUGGCUGGAGAACCGUGGCAUGAACUCUGUCUAUAAUGACUACACCUCCAGGUUUACCUACUUCAGGAAGAGACAGCAUCUGAUCCGAGAUAAUGGCGAAGUGACCAUCCUUCCUGCAGGCAGACAUGAAUUCCCAUUCAGCUUCCAGCUGCCAGAAGAGACGCUGGUCACCUCCUUUGAGGGGAAACACGGCAGCAUUCGUUACUGGGUCAAGGUCAAGCUGCAUCGACCCUGGGCCACGGUCAGGAAGAUCAAGAGGGAGUUUACUGUCAUUGAGCCCAUUGACAUCAACACCCCGGCGCUGCUGGCACCUCAGGCCGGCACGAAGGAUAAGAUGGCACGGACUUGGUACCGAAACUUUGGACAAGUGUCUGUUACUGCAAAGAUUGACCGCAAAGGUUAUACACCAGGCGAGGUCAUCCCCGUUUUUGCCGAGUUUGACAAUUCAACUUCCCGCUCGGUGGUGCCCAAAGCGUACAUCACUCAAACUCAGACGUUCAUCGCCCGCGGCACCAUGAAGCAGAAGUGCGCCGUGGUGGCCACGCUGAGCGGCGACGUGGUGGGCGCCAGGCGCAGGGAGACCUGGCACGGUCGUGCCAUCAAGAUCCCGCCCGUGGGUCCGUCCAUUCUGCAGUGCCGCAUCAUCAAAGUGGAAUACAUGCUCAAGGUGUGUGUGGAUGUCCCGGGAACCUCCAAGCUGUUUCUGGAGUUGCCCUUGGUCAUAGGCACCAUCCCGCUCCAUCCGUUUGGAAGCAGGACCUCCAGCGUCAGCAGCCAGUACAGCGUCAAUCUGGAGUGGCUGCGGAUGGCCAUCCCAGAGCAGCCUGAGCCUCCUCCGGAGUACAGCUCGGUGGUGGCGGAGGGAGAAGCAGAGCAGUGCGACAACAACAACAACGCGGCGGCGGCAACACCACCGCCGCCGGCCGAAGAUCUGAGUGGGAUCCUCGAGAGGCCCCUCAUGGCCUUUGUGCAGGAGUUCCGCUUCCGACCUCCGCCUGUGUACAGUGAGGUUGACCCCAAUCCUCAACCUUUCCACAUGAGGCCUCGCUGCAUGACGUGCUGAACUGCAAGACCCUGCCUGAGUGUCAAGCAAUUUAGAUUCAUCUCGUCAAUCGAGAGAUUGGUCCGAUUCCUCCUCUUUGAAAAGUGGCACCCGGUCGUACCGGCAGUCACUGAGAGACCGCGGCGAGCGCCACUGUCAAAGUUGACGGCGCCGCCGUCGGGGGGACUUCGAGACGAAGGAGCAACCCCCUGCUUUGUUUCCAAUCUUUACAUGAACUCUUUACGGUUCUGCUAAAAUGGAAGCGGCAGCGCUACAUCAGUGAUUUUUUUUUUUCUCUCUCUUUUUUU